UUUUUUUUUUUUUUUUCAGUUCCGCCCUGUCAAGGCACCGUCGGGCCUCCCCUCCGAACCGACCCGUCGCAAACCGGGAACACGUCGAUCCAACCAUGGCAGGCCUUCCGCCACACACCAUUCAUGUAAAACGGAAACGUGGCAACGAUGAAGACGCUGUCGAAUUUCUGCGCCUCGAGGAGUCCAAACGAUCGCGCUCGAGUGAGGAGGGUGGCUGGGUCUAUCAGCUCAAGCAGACUAUCGGCACACGCACCGGUCCAGCGGUUGAGCCUUCGUCUCCGGGAAUUCCAGUGAUACAAACAAGUCGAGCAGGCGAUGAGAAUCGGCGGCCCAAGCGCCCGCGCCAGCAAGGUGAGCCUCCUGUGAAGGACGAUGCCACAGCACCAGGAGCCGCACCAGCACCGUCCGCGGGGCCUGAGAACACAGCGCCAACCACGAGUCAUCCGGCCCCUGACCGCAUACGCCGUUUCCACCUGUCAAAGUCCCACUCGCCCCAGCCGGCUGCUGGCGUGUCCAAGAAGCGUGCGGUGCCCGCUGUGUUUGUCGAGCGGGGCGCAAAGAAACAUCGGGAGACGCUGAAGGCUCUGAUCCAGGAACAUGGCGUGGCCCCGACAGGGCAAUCGAAACCCGUGGAUAGCUCGCGGCCCCCGGAGCCCUCGGAGCCUCGAAAUGGAGAGACGCCUGCCGUCCAGCAGCCCAGCCCGGUCAAGUACAAGCGGCCAGGUACCAGGGCCUGCACUCAGGCCGCCAAGAAUAAGACGCUUCCCCCGUCCAUGCAGCAGCGAGAAGACAUUGAUAUGGACGAACUUGCUCGAGCCAUGGACAGCUGGACAGUCGAAGAGAUCAACAAGAACCUAGAUAGGGUGAAAGCAGAAAGCACCACCUCAAAAUACAGCCCGGCCACGUCGCGCUUCAAACCGAAAGCGCCAAAACUGCGCUAUUUCGAGCGCCAUCCCGAGUCUGUAGCUGCGAAACAGCGUGGGGAUGCCGUAUCGCAGGCGCCAUCCGGAACCGCGGCCAUGAGCGUGGACGCCGCAGCAGAAGACACGACCGACGAGGAAGACUACGUGCUGGAGACGUACGAGCGUGUUCCCGCCGAGCGGUUGCGAGAGCAGGCGGUGCCGUCGCAUCGCGUCGGUCUUCUGGUGUUCGAUACCGAGCCCGACAUGGUCGAGUUCUUUUACGGCACCGAGGGCGACAGCGAUGACGACCUGCCGGAGGACGAAGAAGAUGAGAAUGCGGAAAACUACUACACGGCAGACUAUCCGGAAGAGGAACUCGACUGGGACGACGAAUUUGACCGGAAUCCGUACACCUAUACAACACAAAAUGACUCGGAUAGGGAGGAGUACGAUUUGCGAUACUUUGACGACGAAGACAACUGGCACGACGACGAGCAGUACGGCAGCUUUGCUAGGCGAAGUGAAGAAUGGCGGCCGUAAUCGAAACAAGCCAGCGUCGUAGGCGACCAUACCGUCGUAGGCAUGACGUUUGCUUCGCUCCUAAAUGCAUAGCCAAGUGUAGCGCUCGGUGACUCUUGCUUUGCACAUGGUUACACUUCGGAGACUACGAUUCCCCCCUUGGCUCGCGCUAAACCCUAGGAAGCUCUAUACUCCCUAAACCUUCUAUAGCGCCUCCUAC